CUUAUAUAUUAUUAUAUUUAGUACAGCCGCAUACAAACCUUGGCUCUCAAGUUUCAACCCUCGUUUCAGUGAGUCACUGAGUCAGUCCCAAGUUUUGGUUAUCGAUCGUCGCUGUCUUCCCACACCGUAGAGAAACCAUCAAUAUCUUCUUGGUUCUCCAUAGUGGCUGCUGUCCUUCGCCUCAGAAAGAGAUAUAUAGAGAUGGCAGAGAGAAAGGUUUUGAAUAAAUACCAUCCGGCUGAUUUUGAUCCUGCGAAGAUUCCGAGAAGGAGAAUUCCGAUUAACCAACAAAUUAAUGUUAGAAUGAUGCUUCCGAUGAGCAUUCAGUGCAAGAAUUCUGGGAACUACAUGUCCAGAGGCACCAAGUUCAACUCGCGUAAAGAAGAAGUCAAAGGAGAGACGUAUCUUGGGAUGAAGAUAUUCAUAUUGUAUUUCAAGUGCUCCAAAUGCUCAGCGGAGAUUACGAUAAAGACAGACCCACAAAACUCAGAUUAUUUUGUGGAGUCUGGAGCCCAUAGAAAUUUUGAGCCAAUUGAGAAGAAGCAACAAUGCACCAAGUCCUUGGAGAAUAAAAGGCAGAUGGAGAUUCUUUCUGGACUUGAGGAAAUGAAGUCACUGAAGUCAAGACAUGCAAGUGUGAGUGUAGAUGCAAUGCUUGAAGCUUUGCAACAACGAUCAACUCCUAUGGUGCAGCAGGAGGAAAAGCUUGAAGAGGAGGUUAUUAAAUCCAUCUUUCAAAAGAGGAGGAAGGUUUCUCAACAUGUUUCUGAUCAUAGCCCAACCUUCCAGUACUUCAAAAGAUCAAAAACAAAAACAAAAACAGUGUCGGAUAGUAGAGUUGAUGCUCCCAAGUCUAUGACCAUGAAGUUGUUGUGUUUUUGGAAAGAGCAAUUAGAGGCUGAAUAUGAUCAAGAGACCAGUAAUGGACUACAACUGUUAUGCCAACACUAUGACAAUGGACAAGAAGAAGAAGAAAAAGAGUAAUCGUAUCGGGUUCAAAGUUGAAAACUAAUACUAUUUUAUUAUACUUUUAUCCCUAGUAGAUUAAUGUAUGUAUAUAUAAUUGCUUGUUAUUGAUUUUAGAGUUGGGAAGACAAAUCUACUAUGGUUUGUGAACACAUAUACAUCUCAUUUGCC